CACGUCAAUGUGGCGCUACUGCUCCUGGAAAAGGGGGCGUCGCCUCACGCGACCGCUAAGAACGGCUACUGUCCUCUCCAUAUCGCCGCCCGUAAGAACCAAAUGGAUAUCGCGACCACUCUUCUCGAGUACGGCGCCAAAGCUAACGCCGAGUCUAAAGCCGGUUUUACGCCAUUGCAUUUGGCGUGUCAGGAGGGCCACAACGAAAUGGCCACUCUUCUCAUUGGACAUCAGGCAGACAUCAACGUGAAGGCCAAGAACUCGUUGACUCCAUUGCAUUUGUGCGCUCAGGAGGACAGAGUGAAUGUGGCGACAAUUCUGGCCAGAAAUCGGGUGGAAAUAUCGCCACAAACCAAAGCCGGUUACACACCGCUGCACGUGGCCUCCCAUUUUGGGCAACUCAAUAUGGUUAGAUUCCUCCUACAGAACGGCGCUGAUGUGAACGCAACCAAUGCUCAUGGCUACACACCAUUACAUCAGGCGGCACAACAGGGACACACAGCCAUCGUCAACACACUGCUCGAGCACAAGGCCUCCCCGAACGCCAUCACUAGUCAGGGCCAGACAGCGCUGUCGAUCGCCCAACGCUUGGGCUAUAUAUCGGUCGUCGAGACGCUGAAAGUGGUGACCGAACUCGUGGGCCAGACAGCGCUGUCGAUCGCCCAACGCUUGGGCUAUAUAUCGGUCGUCGAGACGCUGAAAGUGGUGACCGAACUCGUGGUGAAGACGACCACAACUACAGUGACUGAAGAGAAGUACAAAGUGGUGGCUCCGGAGACAAUGCACGAGACAUUCAUGAGUGACUCGGAGGAUGAAGGAGUAUUGAUCGCAUGA